AUGUAUCCCGGAGUGGAACAUUUUAAUUCGAAUAUUAAGUGGAAGUUCGAUGACUCGCCAGGUGUCGACGACGACAUGCAACAUUUAGAACAUAAUCUCGAUAGGAUACGCAGUUUAAGUCACGAGAGAAGCUUUAACGCUUACGGACUAAAAGAAAAUGAUAAUUUAUUAGAAGUGGAAGUGAACGACAUAGUGGAAGACGAUUCAGAUGAAAUCAAAGACUAUGGAAACGGUUGUGCUCAUGACAUUCAUGAUGAAAAAAGUGAAUAUAGUGUUCAUAAGUUCUCUCGUAAUUCAUCAGUGUCUAAUAGGGAACUAGAUGUCAUCAAAGAGAGCUCCAGGAGCUCGAGUGAUACUGAAGUGACGUUGACUCGAUGACUUCCGAGGGUAACCUUUGAUAAAGCCGUGAAUGUUGUUCAUUUGGAUUUAUCCCCGGAACAUAGACACUAUUGUAAGCAAAAGUGUAUAUUGUCAGAUAAAAGACAUCCUUAGUUGUUUGAUGGUUUAGAAGAGAAAUAUUAGUUUUAAGUACAUGUGGACCAGUAGCUUCGGGUCUGAUUUCUGUAAUUGAUUCUAUAGGGUGUGAAUGUGAAUGGACUUUGAAAACAAAUGUGCCAAGAUUUUAGAUGUAGAACAUUGUGUCUCUAUCUACCUCUUUGAGAGGCACGAAUGUUUGUGUACAUAAUUUUCCCAGAACGAUAGUAUACUGUAUUAAGUAAAUAUUUAUACUACGUAUGAAUAGAUACAGAGUGUUAAAGUUUUAGUAUCAAAGCAGGUAAAAGAAGUUUUGUAUUUUUUGUAAUAGUCGAAUUGGAGAAUUAUGCAAUUAUACAUAACUAUUAUAAUGAAAGAGAUUUUGUGUAUUUCUAAUUUUAAUAUCUUAUAAAUUAGUUGAACUAUCUACUGUAUUUCUUUGUACUUCAUGUAUGAACAUUUCACAGAUACCCAAUGUGAAUUUAUUCUGUAUGUAAAUAAUAAUAAGACUGUUUGAAGGGAAAUUCUUAAAGUUAUUCAGAUCGCACAAUACUUUUCUUCUAUACAUAAUAAAGUAAUGAUUAAAAACAUUGUUGAUGUCUACUUAAAUGUUAAAUCAGCAAACGGAAAGGAAAUAAAUUGUUUAUAUAA